AUGGUCGACUCUGCCCGCAUUGAGGAGCUUCUAAAAAGACCUCUCUAUGUCUACGACCUUCCACCGGAGCUUCUGUCGACCUUAACCGCAAAAACGACCCAGCAACCCGUCGCCGAACAACCAUCCGAUCCGACCCCUACAGAGCUUGAGAUUGCAGCUCAAGAAUCUGCAAUUGCGACUUCGACGCAAUGCCCUCUUUGCAAAGUAUCAUACCGAAAUGUGCAGGAACAACGGAGCCAUGUUCGCUCCGACCAUCACCGAUUCAAUGUGAAGGCGCAACUGCGAGGAAACGCAACUUUGGAUGAGGUCCAGUUUUCGAAGGCCGUGGGCGAGCUCGACGAAUCGAUAUCUGGGUCGGAAUCAUCCGAGUCCGAAAAGGAUGGAGCCGAAGAGGGCGACACCACGCUCUCCGCAUUGUUGAAAAGACAGGCGAAGUUGUCGGAAGUGACCGAGGAGGAGGAAGAGAGCAUGAAAAAGUCCGCACCCAAGAAUCCUUUAUUCUGGUUUUCAAGCUCGGCUUUACCAUCAAAUAAAUCCUUGGGUAUCUACAGAGCUAUCUUCUCCGACAUCGAGCAGGACGAGCCCUCUCACUUGGUGGAUACGCUACGGGCCAAGCAAUUGGCACCUGUCAAGGCGCGCACAAACAAAACACAAGAGCAAGAGGAACCGUCCUCUAGCCCCCCAUAUCUUCAUAUUCACCGGAAGCAAGGAGGGAUUGAGGAGCGACAGGCCCGUGUCAUCGCGCACAAGAGCUUCCACCGAUACACAACCAGGAGGAAGCAAGGUGGAUCGCAAUCGGCCAGUGAUGCCUCUCGAGGAGCGGCUCACUCGGCCGGUUCGAGCCUUCGACGUUACAACGAAGCCGCAUUGGAGAAGGAUAUCAGGGAGGUCCUUGCAGACUGGAAGCAGAUGAUAGAUACGGCAGAUCUUCUAUUCAUCCGAGCUACAGGGAAGACGAACCGGAAGAUUCUCUUCAGUCAACACGAGGGCCAGGUUCUGAGGCAGAAUGACCCUCGUAUCCGGGGGUUUCCUUUCAACACGCGACGUGCGACACAGGGAGAACUUAUGCGAUGCUUUAAAGAGUUGACUCGCGUGAAGAUCAGUGAGAUUGACGAAGCCGCACUUGCAGCAGCAGCAGAUGCCGCAAAGCAGAAACAAGAAUCCAAGCCCGCCACCCCUCGCCCACCAACCCAAAAGCCCAAACUCUCGAAAGACGAAGAGGCUGCUCUGUUACAUACAACCCAGAUACAGGCCCUGAUUCGACGGUCAAAAGUGCCAGCACUUAUGUCAUACAUGAACAACAACUCAAUACCGUCCUCGUUCACAUUUCAACCGGCUGAAUCAAAUCUUCGCACUCCAAGUGCACUGCACCUUGCGGCGAACUUGAAUUCACCGGCCGUAGUAUCUGCUUUGCUCAUCAAGACCGAUGCUGAUCCUACGGUGCCCAAUGGAGAAGGCCGGACCCCAUUCGAACUUGCCGGUGAUAGACCGACGCGCGACGCAUUCCGUAUUGCUCGACACGAGCUGGGAGAAGCAAAGUGGGAUUGGAAUGCCGCCAAGGUGCCGUCUGCAGUGUCAAAAGCGGACGCGGACAGUCGAGCCGCCAAGGAACGAAAAGCUGCGGAAGAGGAGGAAGCCAGCCGUCGAAAGGCGGACCUUGAGCGGCUUAAACAGGAGGAUGCGGCGCGGCCACCACGGAAUACCACUGGGAAACCAGGGCGACCCCUGGGGACGGUGGAAAAGACUGCAGCCGAUAAACGAGAAGAGGAGGCCCGGGGCAUGACUUCAGAAAUGAGAAUGCGCUUAGAACGAGAGCGGCGCGCGCGAGCUGCGGAGGAGCGGAUGAAACGCAUGCAGGGCAAGUAG